AUGGGUGUAGUCUCUCUUCUAUUCUCCCUCUCUUUCUUUCUCCACCAUCUUCUAUUCUCUGUACCUUUCUUUUCUCUUUCUUCACAUCUCUCACUCAUUCUCUCUUUUCUUCUCUCCCUCUUCACCACCUCCCUUUCAAUUGCCCCAAUUCUAUUUUUCUUCUUUCUCACUGUUUUUUUUCUGUCUUGCUUCUUUCUAUCCGUUUCUUCACUCUCUUGUCUCUGUUCUUUAUUUUUGCCAUCUUUCUUUUAUUCUAUCACCCUUUCUUCCCUUCUCUUACUAUUUCUCCCUCUGUCUCUCUUACUUUUUCCAUUCCCCUUUCUUCCUUCACACUUUUUCUUUCAUUUCCUUUUGUAUUUUUUCCCUUUCUCCUCUUGUAUUUUCUCAUGUUUAUAUUCUUCCAUCUUUCUUUUUUUCUCUUCUCUCACUUCUCUUCCUUUUCUCUUCUCCUAA